AUGUCUCGCGCACCGCCUUCGGGCGGCUCUAGGAAGAUCUCCUUCAACGUGUCGGAGCAGUAUGAUAUUCAGGAUGUGGUGGGCGAGGGGGCAUAUGGCGUGGUGUGUUCGGCGCUGCAUAAGCCUUCGGGGCAGAAGGUUGCGAUUAAGAAGAUUACUCCCUUCGACCACAGCAUGUUCUGCCUUCGAACUCUCCGCGAGAUGAAGCUCCUCCGCUACUUCAAUCACGAGAACAUCAUCUCCAUCCUCGACAUUCAAAAGCCGCGCAACUUCGAGAGCUUCUCCGAAGUCUACCUCAUCCAAGAGCUCAUGGAGACAGACAUGCACCGCGUCAUCCGCACUCAAGAGCUCUCCGACGACCACUGCCAAUACUUCAUUUACCAAACCCUCCGCGCCCUCAAAGCCAUGCACUCCGCCAACGUCCUCCACCGCGACCUCAAGCCCUCCAACCUCCUCCUCAACGCCAACUGCGACCUCAAAGUCUGCGACUUCGGCCUCGCCCGCUCCGCCGCCAGCACGGAAGACAACCAGGGCUUCAUGACCGAAUACGUCGCCACGCGCUGGUACCGCGCCCCCGAGAUCAUGCUCACCUUCAAAGAAUACACCAAAGCCAUCGACGUGUGGUCCGUCGGCUGCAUCCUCGCCGAGAUGCUGUCGGGCAAACCCCUCUUCCCCGGGAAAGACUACCACCACCAACUCACCCUCAUCCUCGACGUCCUCGGCACGCCCACAAUGGAAGACUACUACGGCAUCAAGUCCCGGCGCGCGCGUGAGUACAUCCGCAGCCUACCCUUCAAGAAGAAGAUCCCGUGGAAGGUCAUGUUCCCGAAAACCUCAGACCUGGCGCUGGAUCUGCUGGAGCGGCUGCUGGCGUUCAACCCCGUGAAGAGAAUUAGCGUGGAGGAUGCGCUGAAGCAUCCGUAUCUGGAGCCGUAUCAUGAUCCGGAGGACGAGCCGACGGCGGAGCCGAUUCCCGAGGAGUUUUUCGAUUUCGAUAAGAAUAAAGACAAUUUGAGUAAGGAGCAGUUGAGGCGCCUGAUUUACGAGGAGAUCAUGCGGUGA